AUGUUACCAUUCCUCCUAACCACUCCGCGGAGCGACCUCCGCGCCCUUCGCGCAGACUUUGAUUCCGCGCAUUACGCACUACGGGGGUUUCUGAUGACCCAGCGCAGCGUCGGCGGCGCUACUCUCGUACAAACAAGCGACUCACGACGUGCUCUCUUGCGCUACAGAUACGUCACCGAAGACGUGCGCGAACCAUCCGUAGCCACAACGAGGGAAUUUGAGGGGGAUAUGAAGGCGCCUCCAAACAAGCACGGCGCCGCGGCGCCGGCGUUCAGCCUCGACUUGAGGAUGGCACGGCAGACAAACCAGCGCAAUAGGGCCUGGCGGGAUGCGGGCAAGCCCGUGCACGCCUCUCCGCCAGGGGAUCCGCUGGGACGGCAUAGAGAAGCACACGGAUGGUCUUCCGAGUUGCAUGAUCCCUCCGGGAGAGUCCUCCUGCGAUGGGCAUCGGCAAGAAUGGGUGGGUUAUGA